AUGCGCUCCUUCUCCCUUUGUUUAUCGCCCCUGCUGCAGUUUUUGGUAGGCGCUCCCGGCCCGAGCAAGACCUGCACAGGUCUCAAGUUGAAUUCUUAUGGUUGCAUUGAUAGUCCCGCCGAUGACGACUUUGGUGGCUGCGACGGCAUUACAAACUGGCCUAUUGGACGGGAUGUUAAAGCCUUCGAGCCCGGUAGCGUGGUGUCGCACACUCAAGCGGAAACCUUCAACAUUGAGGUUGGAUUUGUUGGAUGUGCGAAAUAA